AUGGUUUUGUUUAAACGCUCGAUAGAAUUUCAACAGUUUGCCCGUAUUACUGUCGAAAAAUUACCAACAAUUUAUCAAGAAAUUGAAAAUGAUAUAAAAUUUAAAGCAAAUGAUGUAAUUGCUGCUAUUCAAGAUCAGACAUCAAUACCUGCAAAUUUGAAUUUCCAUCGAUUCUUCAUGACAUUUUCUUGGAGUACAAUUAUACUUAUGGGUUAUUAUCUCAUGUAUUUUCAAGGAUCGACAGUUUUACCGUUACUUCUGGAUUUCAUCAUUGACACAUCAUCAGCUAUACUACUUGCUUAUAUCAUUAUACCAGCAAUGCUCUAUUUUAACUUAUCAAAAUACGAUGAAUAUAGCCGGAAAUCACGAUUCAUUCUGCUCCUUGCUGCGUUAUUUCAAGGUUUGUUAGUAGGCUUCCUGCUAAGUGACUGUUCAACAGUAAUCAUUUUACCGGUCGAGGUUAUUAAUAUGCUUUUUGUAUCAAUAAUUUCACGCAUUUUGGGUCACAAACUUAAUAAUGAUCGGCAGGCAUAUUUUGGAAUUAUUAAUGGCAUUGGAUUCAUUUUUCUUACCAUCAUCGGAUAUAUUACACAACAUUUAACUAAAGCUUAUUUAUUUUCAACUGCAUCAGCUGUUCUUACGUCACAUGUUAUCAUUCAAAUUUACAUGCGUCGAGUUAUGCAGGUUUAUCAAGCUUUCAACAUAGGUUUUAAAUUACAAUUGCAAGUUUAUCGAAUGUUUAAUUAA